AAUACUUUUCGUUUAGUGCGUGUUUUAGCUUGGUUGCAGGCGAUUUUCGAUUUUGAAUUUAGAAUAGUCUUCAAAAAAUUUUAGAAUGUAUGCUACUUCAUUGACAAUUUCGUUGUUAAAAGCUGUCAUUUAGAUUAUUUAAACAAGGUUUUUAGAAAUUUCAAGUGGUUACUAGAGAAAAAAAUAAAAGGUUUCCAUGGCGUCGAUGUAUGCACAAACCAUCGCGUUGCCUCAAGCACAAACGGUGAUCGAUUCUGUGCAAAUGAAUCAUUUCCGAAGCUUCGUAAACAUGCUGGGCGACGCUUCCGCGAAGGAUGAAAUCAAACUGAAGGCAGCACAAGAAUUAAGUGAACAUUUCGAAUUGAUAACUCAAUGUAGUGCCUAUCCUGGUUUCUUAGAGCAUUCAAUGAGAAUUUUUUUAAAAAUUCUUGAAGAGGGCGAACCACAUUUUAUAUCUGAACUAAACCUGCAACAGGUACGCAAAUUGAUUUUGGAGAUGAUCCAUAGAUUACCGACAUCGGAUCAUAUACGACCAUAUGUGAAACCGAUCAUUACCCUCACCAUCAAGCUACUGCAAUCUGAUAACGAAGAAAAUGUACUGGUAUGCUUGCGAAUUAUCAUUGACAUGCACAAACAGUACAGACCGGUGUUCCAUCCUGAAAUACAAAAUUUUUUAUUAUAUGUAAAAACCAUAUAUUCUGAUCUGCCCAAGCACUUAACUACUAUGUUUGAGCCGAAGCAACAAAUCAGAGUGAAGGACUUGAAAGAAAUCAAUUUUGAUACUAUUUUACCAGAAACCUUUGCGAUAACGCCGAUUCAAGUUGAAAAAAUUACCGCAGAUGGAAAGCAUACAACCGUUACAUACAAUUUAAUUCCGAAAGGCAUCAAUUCGUUGAAGGUGUUGCAAGAACUACCUAUAAUUGUUGUUUUGAUGUAUCAAAUAUAUAAAACAAAUGUUCAUCAAGAAGUUGUUGAUUUUGUUCCACUAAUUAUCACUACAAUUACAUUGCAGCCGUCACCUAUUCAUAAGAACUCUCCGGUUUUCAAUAAAGAAAUUUAUGUGGAUUUUAUGGGUGCUCAAAUCAAAACUCUAGCUUUCUCAGCCUAUAUUAUUAGGCUUUUUCAAGAUGUGAUUUUAAACCACGCGUCAACAAUGGUAAAGGGAAUGCUCAAUUUACUUGAGAGUUGUCCCAAGGAGGUAGCUCAUUUAAGGAAGGAGCUUUUGGUAGCUACACGGCAUAUUUUAGCAACAGAACUCAGAAAUCAUUUUGUAUCUUCGAUCGAUAAACUUUUCGACGAGGACAUACUGCUUGGAAAAGGUUGGACUACCCAUGAAUCAUUGCGACCAUUGGCAUAUUCAACUUUAGCAGACUUAGUGCAUCAUGUUCGACAACAUUUAUCAUUAUCGGCUCUUUCGAAAGCAGUGUAUCUGUUCGCAAAAAAUGUACAUGAUGAAUCUUUGCCCACGAGUAUUCAAACAAUGUCAUGUAAACUGUUGCUGAAUUUGGUAGAAUGCAUUCGUAUGAAAAGCGAUGUUGAACCAUUGGCAAGCAGAGAAUUAUUGAUAACAAUGCUCAAAAUUUUCACUCAAAAGUUCCAUACAAUUUCCAAGUUACAACUUCCUCAAAUAAUGCAAAAGUGGAAAAAUUUUAAACCGGAAGGAUCAACAUUGACACUUGGCAAUACUCAAAACCCUAUUGCAAUAAGCGUCACUCCACAGCACACACCACAAGCUUCUGCGUCAACAGAUAAUACGAUACCAAAAGAUUUUUUGGGAAUAGAUUUAUCUGACAAUUCCUUCAAAUUAACAAGUAUUGGUUUUCCACAGCCAAAUAAUCAUAACGUUACAGAAUAUCGUAGUUUGGUUAAAACUCUCGUAUGUGGCGUUAAAACCAUAACAUGGGGAUGUCCUGCAGCAAAAAUGAAUCCAAGUGAACACAGUAUGCCAGCAUCCAAGUUAUUUAACCCAAACGAAAUACUUAUUUUCAUUGACCUAUUUCAUUAUGCGUUAGAAGCACUAGAUAUUUAUACCAUAAAUGUUCCAUCGAUGGGUAUUCCGCCAUCAUUGCCGCAACAAAAGCAGGCUCUCCAAAUGCCCCGGUCAAAAGAAGAGAAAGAAGUAUUGGAACAUUUUAGUGGUGUAUUUUUAACUAUGGAUUCUCAAAAUUUUCAAGAAAUAUUCGCAUCAACGAUUGAUUUUAUGGUAGACAGAUUGUACAAAAAUUCAGCUCUGCAGGUAAUUGCGAACUCAUUUUUAGCAAACCCCAAAACAUCACCGCUAUUUGCCACAGUACUUGUUGAGUAUUUAUUGGAACGUAUGGAGGAGAUGGGUUCAAAUAUAGAAAGAUCAAAUUUAUAUUUGCGACUUUUUAAACUAGUGUUUGGGAGCGUCAGUUUGUUUGCUGCUGAGAAUGAACACAUGUUGCGACCACAUUUACACAAUAUUGUUAACAGAUCCAUGGAACUGGCGAUGACAGCGAAAGAACCGUAUAAUUAUUUUCUUUUGUUGCGAGCACUCUUCAGAUCUAUCGGAGGUGGUUCACAUGAUUUGUUAUAUCAGGAGUUUUUACCAUUAUUGCCCAAUUUACUGGAAGGUCUCAACAGAUUGCAGAGUGGAUUUCACAAACAGCACAUGAAGGAUCUUUUCGUAGAACUUUGUCUCACAGUUCCGGUACGACUGUCAUCAUUGUUACCAUAUUUACCUAUGUUAAUGGACCCACUGGUUUCGGCUUUGAAUGGAUCUCAUACUCUAGUUAGCCAGGGACUGCGAACCUUGGAGUUAUGCGUCGAUAACCUCCAACCAGAUUUCUUGUAUGACCAUAUCCAGCCAGUUCGAGCUGAUUUGAUGCAAGCUCUCUGGAGAACUCUUCGCAAUCAAGAUAGCGCUGCCGUCGUCGCUUUUCGAGUUCUGGGCAAAUUUGGUGGUGGUAAUCGAAAGAUGAUGAUUGAACCUCAACAACUUGUUUAUCAGGAAAAUGAUACAGGACAACCAGCAAUAAUUGCAUUCUUCCAGGAACAUCGCAAACCGAUUGAUUUUCCUGUCGAUAAGGUGAUUGAAACUGCAUUUAAUGCUUUAAAAACAAGCACAACCGACCCAUUUUAUUGGAGACAGAGUUGGGAAGUAAUUCGAUGCUAUUUAUCAGCUUCUCUCUCUUUGGACGAUGAUAAAUACACGCUUCAAAAAUUAUUCAUGCAUCCCAGUUUUACUGAAAACAAUAUAGUCUCAACGGGUCCCCACUACAUAUUAUCAGAUAAAAGAGCGAGACAAGCUCAUCGGACUGCCCUUACGGGUAUGUUUGUAGCAGCGGCUACUAAAGAACUCCGAGGAUCAGUUUUACCAACGAUGGUUGCUGUAGUACGACACUAUACGAUGGUUGCAAUUGCACAACAAGCUGGCCCAUUUCCACAUAAGCAUUAUCAACUUAAUUCGGGACUUGAUCCAUUAGUACUAAUAGAUGCGCUAGCUGCUAUUAUGGGACAUGAAGAAAAGGAGCUUUGUAAACCUGGAAAUUUGGCGAUGGUUUUAAUUCUAGAAACAGCAACAAAUAUUAUGGGCUCAAAAGAACGCGCCUGUCGAUUACCUAUGAUGCAGUACUUGGCUGAGAAAAUGGCUGCUCUUUGUUAUGAACGUCCAUGGUAUUCUAAAAUGGGUGGCUGUAUUGCAUUAAAGUUUCUAUACCAGAAUAUGGCUAUGCGGUGGCUGUACCAACAUUUAUUUAUAUUCCUGAAAGCUUUUAUGUUCAUCAUUAUGGAUCUUACUGGAGAGGUGUCAAGCGGCGCAAUCGACAUGGCAAAAAGUUACUUAGAAAAAAUGUUGAAUAUAUGCAUGACACCUCUAGACAGGGAUUGCAAAAAUGAAGAAUUGAUUACAACCCAGAAGAAAGCAAUGUAUGACGUGAUCCACGAAUUAGUUAGACAAGUAACAAGCCCCCAUACAUUGGUUAGAGAAACAGCAAUGUCAUCAUUGCGUUUGAUAGGUGAAUUGCAAGGCAAAACCGUAACCGAGGUAAUGAAUCCUCACCGGGAGGUACUCGUUGAUAUGAUUCCUCCUAAGAAACAUUUGCUCCGUCAUCAACCUGCUAGUGCUCAAAUAGGAUUGAUGGAUGGUAAUACGUUUUGCACUACACUUGAACCGCGUUUAUUCACCAUUGAUCUUACCAUUCUAACACAUAAAGUAUUUUAUCAUGAAGUGCUGACUCUGUCUGAUGCAGAAGAUACGACUUUAAAUAAGUUGGAUUGUUACAAAACUGUAACUAAUUUGAUUCCACUUCGAAAAAGCGCCCUGCGAGCCCUGGCAGCGUGCCACUACAUACCUAAUGGAUGCAGGGAAAAAAUAUUUUCUAUUCUUUUCAAAGCAUUAGAGAAAAAUAACGUUGAGUUACAGGAGGCAGCAUUUGAGUGCAUGCAAAAUUUUUUACAAGGAUGCACCGUGGACAAAGAAGCAAUUCAUGCAGGUAUUCGUCCGUUGUUAAUGCAACUUGGUGAUCAUCGUAAUCUAACUCUCAAUGGUGCCAAGCGGUUAUCCUACCUGACACAACUCUUUCCGUCAAUGUUUAAUGAAAAAUUGUGUGAUUCUUUGCUGCAAAUUGUUAAAAAAUUACUAGAAAGCUCUAUCGUUGCAAACAAAAGUUCAAACUUUUUAGCUGCGUCAAAAUCUGGCGAAACAGAGCAGAAAAUCGUCACUAUAAUAGGAAUAUUUCAUCAGAUACCAGCAGCAUCCGCUAAAUUUAUUGAUAGUCUCUGUAAACUCGUUUUACAAACAGAAAAAAGUUCGAUGAUUGAAUCGUGCUCACCAUAUCGACCUCCACUGGUGAAAUUCUUGCUAAAAUUUCCAAAAGAAACUAUGGAAAUUUUGCUGAGUGACAUAAAUGUAAAAGAUCCGCAAUGGAAUAGAUUUACAAUUUAUUUAAUGAAACAUAAGGAUGGAUUCCCGUUCCGAAAUGCAAUACAAGAGAAAAGUCACCGUUUGAUUCAACUGAUUCUAAUCAACGCAGAAGGAAGCACUUCUAAUCUAGCAAAACCUAUUGAAGAACGUUAUGAAGCCCAAAGGCAUGCUAUUUUGGCUAUUCACAUAUUGAUUGAAUUUGAGAGUCCUUGGAUAUCAACACAAAGCGAUAUUAUAGCAGCGUUAAAAACAAUUUGGAAAAACGAUCUGUACAAGACCUGCCAAUCGUCCGUUGUUUGUGAUAUAUGGCAUUUAACAGCAAAAAUUUUAAUAGAAUAUUUUUCACAUAACACCAAUGAAAUACCAUUACUGUUCCAGUUACUACGCGCAUUAUGUUUACGGUUUAUUCCCGAUUUUCAGUUCUUUCGCGACUAUCUCCAGAACACAGUGUGCCAAAGCUAUACCGUUGAUUGGAAGAGGAAAUGUUUUUUUCAUUUUGUAGAGCAUUUUGCCAACCCUGAAGUAUCGCAAGAUUUAAAAGCAAAAAUUUUAACGUUGAUCAUCAUUCCUAGUUUUGCCAAUAGUUUCGAGAAAGGCGAAGGUAACAAAUUGGUCGGGGCACCACCAGCACCAUACCAAGAGGAUGAUAAUAACGUUGUAUCUGUUUUUAUUAACAAAGUCAUCGAUCCAGAAAAACCUUUUGCCAAUGAAGAUGCUGUCAGAAUAGCACUACUGCAGUUUGCUUGUUUGUUAGUUGAAAGAGCUUCACCUCAUAUCCACGAUGGAGAUGCCAAUAACAAGCGAGAAGGGAACAAGUUAAGAAGACUUAUGACAUUCGCGUGGCCCUGCUUGUUGCCAAAGAAUUGUGUUGACCCUGCUGCAAGAUAUCAUGGUCAUUUAUUACUUAGUCAUAUAAUAGCUAGACUUGCUAUUCAUAAACGAAUUGUACUUCAAGUAUUUCAUUCUUUACUAAAAGCUCAUGCUGUUGAAGCUAGAACUGUAGUAAAACAAGCGUUAGAAGUACUAACCCCAGCCAUGCCAUUGCGAAUGGAAGAUGGCAACACAAUGCUGACUCAUUGGACUAAAAAAAUAAUUGUUGAGGAAGGUCACUCCAUGCAACAGUUGUUCCAUAUUCUACAAUUGUUAGUAAGGCACUUCAAAGUGUAUUAUCCUGUUCGACAUCACUUAGUACAACAAAUCAUAAAUUCUAUGCACCGCCUAGGAUUCACUGUUAAUGCUACUAUUGAUUAUCGCAAGCUAUCGGUAGAGCUGGCAGAAGUAAUUAUUAAAUGGGAAUUGCAGCGAAUCAAGGACGAAACUGAUGACAGCACUGAAGAUGAGGACAGUAAGGUUCAAAGCGACAAUAAACAACAAGCAGGCGGAGGAAUCAAAAGAACUAUCCAAGAUGAAGAGCCAAAGAAAAAAAUAGCUACUGGCGAAACAAACCCACAACCUUCACCAAGUAGUUCAUCAACAAUAAUUAAUGUUACGAAUUCCAAAGUAGAAGGUUCAGGCCGAGCUAUAGAUCGUGUUCAUUGCGAUGCUGUUUUGAAUUUUUUGUUUAGAAUGGCUUGUCAGCUUAAUGACGUAUCAACAACACCUGGUACAGUAUCACCAGGAGAAAGUCUGUCUCGACGGUGCGUUACACUUCUGAAAUUGGCAAUAAAACCUGAUGUUUGGCAGCAGCCUUUUGAUUUAAAGCUGACAUGGCUUGAUAAAGUGUUUACUAGCGUUGAAGGUCAGCAGCCUAAUAUUGGAAAUGUUUGCACUGCUUUAGAGUUAUUGACAUUCCUUUUAACUGUAUUGAAGAAGGAUCAAAUUCUGGUAACAUUUCGACCAUUACAGCGAGGACUUUCUGCUUGCGUAACUUGUCCAAAUACCAGGGUUAUCAAACUUAUGCAUGGGUUACUGUCACGUCUAAUGGCAAUUUUUCCGACGGACUCACAUCAUAAACAUGAUGAAUUGGAGACACUUUAUGCUACUAUUAGUAAAAUGAUUUUUGAAGGAUUGGCCGCCUACGAGAAAAAUCCUCAAGCUAAUCCGUCAACAUUAUUCGGUACAUUGAUGACACUAAAAGCUGCUUGUACCAAUAACCAGAGCUAUAUUGAUCGAUUAAUAAUACCAUUUAUGCGUCUACUGAAUCGCUUGACCAAAGAACAUCUUGGAGGUAUUGUUAAUAAUCCAAACGGUAAUGGUGAAGCUGCAAACAAUGCUGGUUCGAUCGCGCUGGAGUUACUCGUGGUUUCACUUGAUUUAGUAAAAAAUCGCGUGGUUGUUAUGAGUGUCGAAAUGCGGAAAAUGUUCAUUGGCGGAAUUCUUGUAGGACUAAUAGAGAAAAGUAACGACGUGAAAGUUAUUAAGGCGAUCGUUAAAAUGAUAGAAGAAUGGAUGAAAAAUAAGAACACUCCGGUAACCGUGACACAAGCACCAACGCUGCGAGAAAAAUCUAUUCUUUUAGUGAAAUUGAUGCAGUACGUUGAGAAACGUUUUGUUGAUGAUCAAGAUCUUAAUGGACAGUUUUUGGAACUGAUAAAUUACAUCUAUCGAGACGAACAAUUAAAGGUGACUGAGCUUACCUCCAAAUUAGAGGCAGCCUUUUUGGCUGGCUUACGUUGUAAUCAACCAAAAAUUCGAGCGAAGUUUUUUGAAGUUUUUGACGGAUCUAUGAGAAGACGUUUGCAUGAUCGUCUUCUUUACAUAAUAUGUUCACAUGCCUGGGAUUCUAUCGGACAACACUAUUGGAUUAAGCAAUGUAUUGAACUACUUAUACUUACUGCGAAUACAAGCACGCAAAUUCAGAACAGUAACGAUAAUCACCUUCUACCGAGCAUCUCUUCGGUAAUAAACUUCGCGGAGUCAGAUGAAAAAAAAAAUUUUGUUAUCUACACGUCACUGCAAAACGACUCUACAGAAACGUUCGAUCCCAUAGAAGAUAAGGAAGAUGCUUUUGAUAUGGAUAUGAGCGUGGAUUCCAACAUCUCACGUCACGAGGAGAGCGAACGGCCUGUGGCGAAUCGACAAGCUGCUCUAGCUAAGCUCAUCAGUCGCCAAGCCGAGUUUUUAGAAGCGAGUCGAAAGGUUCGAACAGAACAAUUUUUAGUAGCCACUGCGCAAUUAUGUCAUAUGGAUACAACUUUGGCCGAGAAAGUUUGGUUGGGUGUGUUUCCUCGUCUUUGGUCUAUCUUAGACCAAGGACAGCAACAAGCAAUAGAUCGAGAAAUAGUACCCUUUCUUUCAUCGGGUACGCAUAUAAUACAAAAAGACUGUCACCCUAGUGCUUUGCAUACAUUUAUAGAGGCGCUGGCACAUUGUAUUCCUCCGGUAUAUAUUCCACCAAAUCUAAUGGCGUAUUUGGGUAAAGCGCACAACCUUUGGCACCGCAUGACACUGAUGUUGGAAGACAUGGCAUUGAAUUGGCCUAACCACAAAGAACUUGCUGCUGAAUAUUCCGAGUUUGAGGAGGAGCAUACCAAGGAUUGUUCAUAUGUCAUGGAUCCACUUUCACAAAUGUAUUCGUCAUUGCAUGAAGAGGAUUUGUGGGCAGGGCUUUGGUUGAAAUAUGCCAAAUAUCCCGAAACUAACUUAGCUAUUGCUCACGAACAGAUGGGUUUCUUCGAAGAAGCUCAGAGUAUUUAUGAUUCAGCAAUGACACGAUUUAAGCAAGAUCUCAACAACGGAUUAACUCCAAUGGAUAUGAAUAGUGAAAUUUUAUUAUGGGAGAACCAAUGGAUUCGUUGCGCAAAAGAAUUGAAUCAAUGGGAUAUAUUAAUGGACUACGGCCAGUUAUGCAAAGACAAAAACUCGUACCUCAUUAUGGAUAGCGCUUGGAGAGUGCCAGAUUGGACACUUAUGAAGCAAGCGCUUCUCAAAGUAGAGCAAUCUUGCCCUAAACAGGUAGGAUACAAAGUUAAUUUAUAUCGAGGUUAUUUGACUAUACUGAAUCAAGAGGAGCAACAUCAAUCAUCCGUGGAACGUUAUGUUGAGAUGGCAUCAGCUUAUUGUAUGCGUGAGUGGCGUCGAUUACCCCCUAUUGUAUCACAUAUUCAUCUUCCGAUAUUGCAAGCAUCUCAGCAAAUUAUGGAACUUCAGGAAGCAAGUCAGAUACAUCAAGGGUUACUUCAAAAUCGCAGUUCGUCAUUACAUGAUAUGAAAGCUAUAGUUAAAACGUGGCGAAACCGUUUGCCAGUGAUAGCAGAUGAUUUAUCUCAUUGGAGCGAUAUUUUCACUUGGCGUCAACAUCACUAUCAAAUUAUAACUACUCAUCUUGAACAACAAGGUGACAGUAAUGCUCCCUGUAUGCUGGGCGCCCAUGCUUCAGCACAAACAAUUAUUCAUUUCGGAAAAAUUGCCCGAAAGCAAAACUUGACUGGGGUUUGCCAAGAUUCACUAUAUCGGAUUUAUACAAUUCCUUCGGUACCAGUAGUAGACUGUUUUCAGAAAAUUCGGCAACAAGUUAAAUGUUGUUUACAAAUGGCUGCCGUGAACAGUAGAUCAGAACUAUCUGAGGCGUUAGAAGUUAUAGAACCCACUAAUUUAGACUACUUUUCGAAAGAAAUGACAGCAGAGUUUUAUGCAUUGAAGGGUCUUUUGUUAGCACAAACUGGGCGCUCGGAAGAAGCAAAUAAAGCGUUUAGCGCUGCAACUCAAUUAUAUGAUACACUAAUUAAAGCAUGGGCAUUAUGGGGUGAUUAUUUGGAACACAUUUUUACUAUGGAUCCACGUCAAGUCAACAUUGGUGUGUCUGCUAUAACUUGUUUUUUACAUGCUUGUCGCAAUCAGAAUGAAAGUAAAUCUCGUAAAUAUCUUGCUAAAGUUUUGUGGUUGCUAUCCUACGAUGAAGACAAGUCGCUGCUAGAUGCCUUGGAUAAGUAUGCGGUAGGAGUGCCUCCGCUCCAAUGGGUGCCUUGGAUUCCUCAGCUCCUCUGUAGUCUAGUUCAAUAUGAAGGAACUGUGAUCUUAAACUUGCUCAGUCAAGUCGGCAGAAUGUUUCCACAGGCAGUCUAUUUUCCGAUUCGAACCCUCUAUCUGACAUUGAAAAUCGAACAGCGAGAAAGAUACAAAAGCGUUGAGCAAGCUUCUGCUGCUGCACAAAAAAUGGCUAUGAAUAAAACAGAACCAGCAGGUGGGCAAGUAACUAUUUCAACCCAACCUGGCGGAACUGGGAAUCAGCAAACUACUGCUCCAACUCUCGUUCAACCUGGAAGUGAGAGUCAGCAGAAUCCGAGCGGCGCUUCCUUACAAACAGCAACUACUCCAAUUCGCGCGACUCCACCUAUGUGGAGAUGUUCGAAAAUUAUGCAUGUGCAACGUGAUAUUCAUCCUACCGUCUUGAGUUCACUAGAGGGUAUUGUAGAUCAAAUGGUUUGGUUCCGAGAAAAUUGGUAUGAAGAAGUAUUAAGACAGCUACGACAGGGGUUAACGAAAUGCUAUGCGAUUGCAUUUGAAAACCGUUGCUCCGUCAAUGAAGCAACAAUUACACAGCAUACAUUAAAUUUUGUAAAGAAGCUGGUGUCUACUUUUGGCAUAGGAAUUGAAAACAUUUCAAGUUCCGUGUCCUCGAAUUUCUCAUCUGCUGCAUCGGAAUCGCUAGCGAGGCGUGCUCAGGCUACCGUUCAAGACCCUGUAUUCCAGAAAAUGAAAGGACAGUUUACCAGUGAUUUCGAUUUUUCGCAGCCAGGUGCCACAAAAUUGCAUAAUCUAAUAAGCAAACUGAAGAUAUGGAUAAAAAUUCUGGAAAAUAAGACAAAGCAGCUUCCAAAAUCAUUCCUAAUUGAGGAAAAGUGCAGGUUUUUAUCUAAUUUCAGUCAAAAAACAGCGGAGGUUGAAUUACCUGGUGAACUUCUUCUUCCGAAACAUUCUCAUUAUCACAUCAGGAUUGCUCGUUUUAUGCCGAGAGUAGAUAUUGUGCAGAAACAUAAUACUGCUGCCCGCCGGUUAUACAUUCGAGGAACGAAUGGAAAAAUCUAUCCAUAUUUGGUCGUCAAUGAUACCGGUUUGGGAGACGCUCGUCGCGAAGAACGAGUGCUACAGUUAUUACGAAUGUUAAACAAUUAUUUAGCCAAGCAAAAAGAAACAUCCAAACGUUUUCUUCACAUAACGGUACCAAGGGUAGUUGCAGUUUCACCGCAAAUGCGUCUUGUAGAGGAUAACCCGUCCAGUAUUUCUUUACUGGAUAUAUAUAAAACCAGUUGUAUCAAACUUAACAUAGAACAUGAUUCUCCAAUCGCGCGAUAUUACGAAAGAUUGGCAAAGGUUCAAGCAAGAGGCUCACAAACCAGUCAUAAUGUGCUAAGAGAUAUUUUAAGAGAGGUACAGGUUGCAAUGGUUCCUAACACAAUGGUAAAAGAUUGGGCGUUGCGUAACUUUUAUUCUGCUACGGAUUUCUGGCAAUUCAGAAAAAUGUUUACUUUGCAACUGUCGUUAUCGUGCACAUUGGAAUAUGCGCUUUAUCUAACUCGACUCAAUGCGGAUAUGAUGUACAUUCAUCAGGAUUCCGGACUAAUGAACGUUUCAUAUUUCAAAUUCGAUGUUGAUGAUAACACUGGUCUGUUAGAUGUUAACAGACCAGUUCCGUUCCGAUUAACACCUAAUAUUGUGGAAUUCUUAUCGGUUAUUGGCGUUGCUGGUCCUCUGACAGGUUCAACAAUUGCAGUAGCUCGUUGUUUGGUUCAACCAAAUUUCAAACUACCUGCCAUUUUAAGAGCUAUUUUACGAGAUGAAAUUAUUGCAGUGCAGAAAAAACGUCUUUUAGAUGAAAAAUUGAUCGAUCAAAAUACGGAUCUUACACAGGAAAACCCUACUGUCGAAAUCGAUGCAGACACAGUUAUUACCACAGUGAAUAAAGCUGUUAGUAAUAUCGUAAGCCGUUUGAAUUGUUUGGCAAGAUUUGAUAACUUAGAAAUCAAUCGUAUGAGUACAUUGGUUCAAAUCGCUAGUAAUCCCGACAAUUUAUGUAGAAUGGACCCUACUUGGCACCCAUGGUUAUAAAUCUUUAUCAUGUCAAUUCGGGUUUUUCAACACGUAGUAAGUCUAGCAAACAUACAUAUAAUCAUUGUAAUAAGUAACCAAGUAUCAAAAAUAAAAAUGUCACAAGACUG